AUGAAAAACUCAAAGGUCACAUUAAAGGAUCAGAGUCUUCUUGUACAGAAGUGCUUUAUUGGUGGGAAAUGGGUUGACGCGACAUCCAAAAAGGCAUUUGAAGUUCAUGACCCAGCGACAGGCGAGCUUAUCGGAAAUUGUCCCGAAACAGCAGCAGAAGACGCUCAGCAUGCCAUCCAAGCAGCCUCCGAUACUUUCAACGAAUGGCGCUCCAAGUCUGGCCGCGAGCGAUCGAGGAUUCUCCGUCGCUGGUAUGAAUUGGUGAUGGAGAACAAGGACGACCUUGCUACCAUCAUCACCUGGGAAAACGGAAAGGCGAAACCAGACGCUGCCGGUGAAGUCGUGUUCAGUGCAAGUUUCAUCGAAUGGUUCGCUGAGGAAGCGGCGAGAAUCUAUGGGGAGGUGGUGCCUCACAGCACUUCUGGAAGCAGGGUGCAUGUGACUAAAGAACCUGUCGGUGUUUGUGGGUUGAUUACGCCUUGGAAUUUCCCUAUCGGUAUGCUCGCGCGCAAAGCCGCCGCCGCUCUGGCUGCAGGAUGCACAUGCAUUAUCAAAACUGCCGGUGAAACUCCCUUCAGUGCCAAUGCUCUGGUGCUACUCGCGUCACGAGCCGGUUUGUCCCCUGGAGCCCUAAACGUCGUAACUGCUCUGGAAAAUACCCCAGAGAUAGGCUCCACGUUGUGUGAAUCCCCUAUCGUCCGCAAGGUCUCAUUCACCGGCUCUGUGCGAGUGGGCAGGCUUCUGAUGAAGCGAAGCAGCCAAACACUGAAAAAGCUCAGCUUGGAGCUCGGAGGCAACGCACCUUUUAUUGUACUUGAUGAUGCAGAUUUGGACUGGGCUGUUACUGGGCUCAUCGCAUCCAAGUUCAAGUGUUCUGGUCAGACUUGCGUUUGUACCAACAGAAUAUUCGUACAGAGCGGGAUCUAUGACAGCUUCGUCGCGAAAGCUGUCGAGGCAAUUAAGCAACUACGGGUGGGCUCUGGCUUUGAGGAUGGAGUCACUCAGGGACCAUUGGUUCAUUCGCGCGCGGUCUCGAAUAUGACGAAUCUCGUCGAAGAUGCGAUCUCAAAAGGCGCAAAAGUCGUCCUUGGUGGAAAGCCAAUGUCUGAACUCGGCACAAACUUUUUCGAGCCGACUGUGAUUACAGGUAUGACUUCUGAUAUGAAGAUGGCUCAGGAGGAGAUCUUCGGCCCGAUCGCAGCAAUAUCCAGAUUCGAUACUGAAGAAGAGGUCAUUGCGUUGUCGAAUGAUAGCGAGGUGGGCCUGGCUGCAUACGUUUUUACCGAAAACUUGCGACGCUCACAGUACAUGAUUGAGAGUUUGCAUGUGGGUAUGGUUGGAUUGAACACUGGCGUCAUUUCGGAUGCUUCUUCACCAUUCGGUGGCGUCAAACUGUCGGGGCUCGGGAGGGAAGGAAGUAAGCACGGCAUUGACGAGUAUCUGGAUAUGAAGACUGUGGUUACUGGACGAGCUGCGAGCGUUUUCCGGUCAAGUCUUUAA